UCUCACUCACCUGGGGUGACAAGAUCUAUUCCGUCGCCAAUUUUCUCACCCCCUCAUCGCAUCGAAAACCCUCUCCAUCCCCUCCCCGCUCGGGAGCAAGUGCGAGCGACCAGAAGAGAGAAUCUGGACGUAAGUGCAGCUAACCUCGACCGUCCGAUCAUGUCUCCCCCGAAUCUGGACGCAAGCGGAGCAUCAACAUGCUGCCACGUGGUGGCGAUGCCGUACCCGGGGCGCGGCCACAUCAACCCCAUGAUGGCCCUCUGCCGCCCCCUCGCCGCCCGCGGCGUCGCCGUCACCUUCGUCGUCACGGAGGAGUGGCUCGGCCUCCUCCAAUCCUCCCCCGCGCCGCCGCCGGGCGUCCGGCUCCGCACCAUCCCCAACGUCAUCCCUUCCGAGAAGGGCCGCGCCGCCGACUUCAACGGCUUCCUCGAGGCCGUCUAUACCAAGAUGGAGGACCCCGUCGAGCAGCUCCUCGACCGGCUCGAGCCGCCGGUGACGGCCAUCGUGGCCGACACCUACCUCCCAUGGGCGGUGGCGUUGGGGAACCGGAGGAAUAUUCCGGUGAUCUCGCUCUUCACCAUGUCAGCGUCGUUCUUCUCCGUCCUCUACCACUUCGACCGCCUUCCUGUCGCCGGAGACCGGCCGCUGCUGGUGGACGAAAGCGAUGAGCCUUUGGAGCAGUUUUUUCCUUGUCUUGCUUCGGUGAGGUUGGCUGAUUUCAGAACUGUCCGUUCCGUGCUGACACUGAGACAAGCAUUGGAAGCCUUCUCUUGGGUAAGGAAAGCACAAUGUGUUCUCUUCACUUCGUUCUAUGAGAUUGAGGCUUGUGUUAUAGAUGCAUUACGAGCAGAGCUCUCUUGUCCUGUGUACCCAGUCGGCCCUUCCAUUCCUUAUAUGACCCUUGAAGAGAAACCAAAGGAGCGCAUACUGCUUAAUGGCAGUGGCAAGGACUACUUCGACUGGUUAGACUCCCAACCAAAGAGCUCCGUACUAUAUGUCUCACUGGGCAGCUUCCUCUCAGUAUCAAGCUCUCAGAUGGAUGAGAUUGCAAUGGGCUUGCGUUCUAGUGAGACCAGGUUCUUGUGGGUUGCUCGUGGGGACUCUUCUCAAGUGCAGGAAAUGAGUGGUGUGAUGGGCUUAGUGGUGCCUUGGUGUGACCAACUGAAGGUGUUGUGUCAUCCUUCGGUUGGGGGCUUCUUGACUCACUGUGGCUGGAAUUCAACUCUUGAAGGUAUGUUCACGGGGGUGCCAAUGCUUACAUUUCCUAUUAGUUGGGAUCAACCACCUAAUAGCAGGCUUAUAGUGGAUGAAUGGAAGGUAGGUCUGAGUCUGAAGGAAAUGGUGAGGAAAGACGAAGUAGUUGGGAGAGAGGAGAUUGCUAAAACUAUUAAGAGGUUUAUGGAAGAUACAGUUGAAAACAGGGAGAUGAGGAGAAGAGCUGCAGAACUGAGAGAGGCUUCUCAUAGAGCAAUUCAAGACGGUGGAUCAUCAUGGACUAAUUUCAAUUCUUUUGUCAGAGAUCUGUUAGAUGCCAGUAUAACUUGUAGUUUGUCUUAUCAAAAAGAAAAAUAACAUGUUGUAGUCUAUGUAUGAAUCGGGCCCCUCUAAAAAGAGGAGAGUUUGUCUUCUCAAAAAUAAAAAUAAUAUGUUACAAGUCUAUGUAUGAAUAGGGCCCCUCGGAAAAGAAGAGAUUUCGGGUUUCAAGUCUCGUGUAGUAGUACAUCCCUAAGUAUCUUAACUUCUUGUAGUCCAUGUAUGAAUAGGGCCCCUCUAAAAAUAGGAGACUUUGUCUUCUCAAAAAUGUAGUCUAUGUAUGAAUGGGACCCCUCUAAAAAGAGGAGAGUUUGUUUUCUCAAAAAUAAAAAUACAUGUUGUAGUAUAUGUAUGAAUA